AUGCCGACGCUCCAUGGUUUGCUGGAAUCCAGUGCCUCCAGGCGCCCGGAGCACAUCUGCCUGCGCCAUGGAGAUCACCCUCCGAUGACCUAUGCCGAAGUCUGGAAAGCUGUGGAGUGCUGUGCCAGCCACGUCGUUCUCUUGGACACCAGGGUGGUGGCCCUGGUCGCGGAUCGCUCCUACGGCCUGGUGAUCAGCCUCCUCGGAGUGCUGCGAGCGGGGAAGGCCUACACGCCGAUCGAGCCGGACUUUCCACCGGCCCGGGCCAUUUCCAUGCUCGAGGCUGCGGACAUUAGCUUUGCACUGGUCCCUGCUCUUCAGGUGCCCCAGCCAGUUCUGCACGACUGCAAGGGCCUUCGCAUCCUGGCCGUUCAUGACGACGGCCGCGUCUGCGAGGCCGAAGACGACCAUCCGCUGCCGAGGGACUUCGCACAGCUACAGCCGGUCCCCGACAGCGCCACGGCUUACGUGCUCUUCACCUCCGGCUCUACGGGGAAGCCCAAAGGUUGCAUGGUCCCUCAUCGGGGAAGUGCUUUGUACGCCCAAGCAGUUGUGGACCAGUGCAACCUGGACGAGAGCAUGGUGUUCCUUCUGAAGACGCCCUACGUCUUUGAUGUGUCCAUUCAGGACCUCUUCACAGCCUUCUGCGCGGGUGGCACCUUGGAGAUCGCAGACCCAGGCGCUCACAAGGACGCCGGUGCCAUUGCAGAGAUCAUCGGCAGCCGGCGUGUGAGCUGCGCCUGCUUCGUGCCGACGCUGCUUGUGGAGUUCGUGAACUACCUCGAGCGAAACCCGGAGGAGGUUCAACAUGUUCGACAGUCCCUUCGCCGCGUCUUGACCAUCGGGGAGGCCUUGAUGACGGCGACCUGCGCACAGAUCUUGAGCCAGAUCCCGGAGCUGGAGAUUCACAACCUCUACGGCCCAACGGAGGCAAGCGUGGGCGUCUCUCACUUCAAGGUGACGGGUGGCAACGUGGAGAACUUGGGGACGGUGGUGCCUAUCGGAAGGAAAGAGAAUGACACUUUCAACAAGUAG